AUGGCAACAGCUUCUUUCCCGACACCUCCACCAUUUCUUCCCACGCCAGGUGCCCCUGUGCAGCCUUGGUUAAAUUGGAAAGCGUCGUUUUUAAAUUAUCUUGUAGUCCUAGAGGCUGAUGAAAGCUCGCCGAAGCGUAAGCGCGCGUUGUUGUGGUCCUUGCUUGGUCUCGAAGGCCAAAGAAUAGUUUCAACGUUUCCAUCCACGGCCCUCGCACAUAGCGAGACCGUUUCCGAAUUUGACGUUCUUAUGACGGCGCUUGAUCAGCAUUUCGCUGCCAAAAAGAAUGUUGUUGUCGAACGGAGGUUAUUCCUCACCCGCGUCCAGUCGCAGGGAGAAAGUGUCCUUGAGUACCUUGGUGCCCUACGGCACCUCGGCUCUUUUUGUGAUUUUGGGGAGUCUCUUGAAACCCGCAUCGCGGAAGUUUUUUUGGCUGGAUUAUUAUCAUCGGAGGUACAAGAUCGGGUAAUCCGAGAGUCUGCGGAAGCUGGACUACCCAGCCUCGAACGUAUCGUGCUUCUGGCACAACAGUUCGAACGGGCUGCUCGAGAUUGCGAUCGUUACCGCCAAAUUUCGUCAUGUCUUCCGCGUUCCGAGUCGGCACAGGCCGUUGAGGCAGUACAAAGGGUUCCCGUUCGGCGUGGACAAGAUGGCCGCCAGUUGAGGUCAAAUUCGAACAUGCAACGUCAAAAUGGAGGGCGGCCUCCUGCCGUUUCCUCCUCACCUUCCAAGGUUUCCUUCUCGCCGCGCCACCAGUCGCGUGGACUCACCCGUGUUUUUACAAGCCGAUUGCCUCGGGAUGCUCCUCCGGGCGCGCGCGCUCUUGAGCGCGGGGCGGAAUCGUGCCACUUUUGCGGUCGCCGACCCCAUCCGCGUGAGGAGUGUCCAGCGUCCGGAAUGGCUUGUUUUUCUUGUGGCAAGAUAGGCCACUUUUCAAAUGUUUGCCGAAGUUCGUCUUCGUCGUCUGAAGUCAUCGACCCCCGUCGCCUGGCGUUUCCGCCGGGACGAGGCCGCGCCGCCGGUCGCCGGUACGAGAGGCUUGGACCUGGCCGUAACCAGACGCCGAUCCAUGGAGUCGUGACGUUUCCCGACGACGACGAGGGGGAACCACAUCCAAACAACGUCUUCACCGUCGGAUCCCCGGAGGUCCUCCCUGAAGGACAUGCGGACCGUCGCCCACGGAAUUUCACCGCUGAUGUUCAGCUGAUCCUCGCUCGGUCAUCCCGGGACAUGUAAAGUCGGCUGGAGUCCCGCAGCCCCCAUGUACGGUGGAGCCCAGUCCUCCACCGCGUCCUUCAAGUGCUCCCUGCAAGCACCCUUCAUCAUUGUCCUCUGUUCACGGCACUCAGCCAUCCACAUCGUCUGAAUACUACUCCAGUAGAGGCGUCUUCGGAGACCAGCCUUCAAGGGAUCCGUCGACGUCGGGACCAUCUUUGCAACCUUCAUCGGUGAGCGAUGCAUCUAAGUUACCUUCUGGUUUUGAAGAAUUUGAGGAUCUCUUUUCUCCUGAGUUAGGGUUAGUUAAAAACCAAACUCACACAAUCACUGUCCGGCACCAUGUCCCGCCGGUACAGGCUAAACUUCGCCGCUUACCCAUCACGUUGCGUGAUGCCGUCAGUGCGGAAAUUCAGAAGCUCGAGCGCCAAGGCGUUAUCGAGCGCGUAAACGCGUCGGAAUGGGUGUCCCCCAUUGUAGUAGUUAAGAAGAAAGACGGUGGAAUCCGUAUGUGUGUCGAUCUGCGGGCGCCAAAUCAGGCAGUCGUCAUUGAUUCUUUUCCGCUUCCGCACAUCGAGGAGCUUCUGAACUCCCUCAGUGGA